GGCGUGUCUCCGCAAAAGCGGUCCGUCGCCGGUUGGCGUCGGUGAUGCAGUGGCUGCCUCCGGUCUCAACUCCAAAGACUAUAGGCGAACGUUAAAGCACAAUUGGGCAUGUCAGCGCUGCCCUACUCCCAACACCCAGGCAUGAUGCCAGAGCGUGCUGCUGGAAUUUGGCAUGAGCCAGCUGGAGAUGGAUACCAAUGGGUUGAUGGUCCUGCAGAGCGCUUGCCUCAGGUCCAAGCACCACAGCAGCCUUCACAGGCUCCGCAGCCUUCCGUGUAUCCCACACAACCUCAGGCUGGCACGCAAUGGGUGGACAAUCCCACGCCUCCACCUGUUCAGGAUAUGGUUUACCAGUGGGUGGACAGCCCUUCUUAUGGACGUCCCGGUGCACCAGCAGCGGCACCAGUGCCACCUCAACAGUGCGUGCAGGCAGCCAAUCCAUACUAUCCAGGGGGCGACCCCUAUGGUGCUCUUCCCCGCCCAAUGGACCCGAUGGCACUUCAGCCUGGAAUUGAUCCUUUGAGACCUCCAAUUCAGGGAUUGGAUCCCAUCACGGCACAAUACCAGGCCGGGUUGGCAUAUGGAGCGCAAGAUGCGAACCGGUUUGCAAAUCCUCAGGCUGGCAUGGCACCUUACGCGCCAAGGCAGCCUUUGGGAAUGGACGACUUAUCUUCAAUUCGUAUGGGCGGCAAAGGUGUGCCAGCCGUGGAUGCCUUCGGGCAGGCUGGCUAUCAUGAUGGAGGGAAGCGUGGCAAAGGGAGUGGAGCUCAAAGACGUCAAGUCGAUGAUGGGCGUAAAGGUCGGCAGGCUGUUCCUCCCGGACGUCAGGUCGACGGGAACAAGGGGCAGGUGGAUGCGGGCCAAGCUGCGCUGGAGAGCCUCGGAACUGAUGGCUUGCGCCAAAUGCUAAUCUCCACCUUGGAAUCACUCUACGAGGAUCGCAUCAAACCUAUGGCAAACUACAUCAAGGGCCGUUUGAAAGAAAGGUCAGUCCCGGAUGUCAUAGUGAAAUCGUUUGAAGACUUGUACACUCAGCACCCCGACCUCUUCGAGGUUCAGAACCCAAAGUGUGGUGAGGAGACUACCAUCUACUUCCACAAGGCACCCACUUGGUUCAAAGGCUGGAUUGACAUUGACUCUUCCCAGGAUCCCUAUGAUGAGUCCAUGUGGAAAGAGUUUGCAAAGUUCUUGGAUGGUGAGCAUACCUUUGCCGGAGGUCGUUAUGGCAUGGCCAGGGAACUUAUGCAGCGCCAUCUCCCAUUCCUGGCCAACUAUUCGCUCGGUGAGGUCUGUCACAUUGUCCAGCUUGCUAUCCAGCACCGACGGCUAAUUGUGUACCAUCGCAAAAUGUUGAAGCCAAUCCAGACAGUGCUCUGCCAACUGUCCCCUGAUGGAGCAGAUAACACAGAGGGUGAAGAGAUAAAAGACAUGGAUGAUUUGAUGUUGGCCCUUUUCCGUAUGCUGCUGCACCACCCGUCGGGCAUCAGGCUUUGUCGGAUGAAGCAAAUGAUCAAACACGAGUUCCAAAGGAAACUCUCUGAGAUGGCUUUUCAGUGUACCAAGCUUAUCGAGCUCUUCAACGAAGAGCCUCUCAAUAAAACCUUUGUCCUGGACACUGAGAAUGAUGGAAAGUCAAUCUACGUCCGUCUGGGCAACCCAGAGACGUUUUCGGAUCACGUCAAGCGUAUCUAUGCCAUGGCAAACACUUUUGAAGCGAAGCAGGCGUUGCCGGGCCUACCCGGGCAAGCCUAGGCAGAAGGAAAGUUGGGCACCCAGAAAUGCUAUUUGGUCUGUUGGUCAGUGUCAGUGACAUCAGUGUACACAAUCGGAUAGUAAGCUAGUCAGCCAUCGAAGUGAAAUUCAAUUGCCUGCCUGAGGGUAUGACUGCACCCUGGUUGGUGCCCUUGGGGCCACGAAGAGGGCACUAAGGCCUCUGAUCCGGUUGAAGUGCUGCUCUCAUCUUCCAAUCCUGGGCACCAUUUACUUUUGCCGUAACAUGUUUUACAAAGACUCACGCCCGUGCCAUUUUUGGCAAGCGUUUCCGGCGGGCGUGACCACCAGUCCCUCUGUUGCAGUAAAGGCACCCAAAAAGUCUUUUAACUGGUGCUUUCCCAAGAAAGCAUCAUGUCAAGCACAUUCUUACAGUUAGGAUCCCAACAAGAACAAGCAAAAGUGAUUUCGCAGGACAAUCCAGUCGCACUCAUUCAGAUCCACGCCAAAUCAGAUCGGCAUCUUCGGAGUGCCAUAGCGUUCUCGGCACUAUGUAUGGUGUACAUCCAGGUGUCAUAGGGCCACCAAGCUAUCCAACUUACUACUGGUCAUAUGAUUGCAACGUUUCUUGUUGCAGCGGAGGUUUUCUUGACACAGUUGCAAGCUGCCCGCAGGUGUGGAGCAAAACAGAACUGUUGACCAUGCUCCCAUCACCACACAGAAUCACAGAAUGCCGAAAGUUCGCACAAAGGCUUGCGAUGGUCUCUCACUUGUAUGGUAUCCAAGGACAGGUAACAAUGGCAGAUCUUUGCGCUCUGCACCAUUCGGAUUUUUUCUGAGAGAGUAUUGAGUAUUCUGAGAGUUUUGAUCCUACUGGACAGUUUUCCAAGAACGCUGGUGAAUUCAUUGC